AUGGCCUCCAAACGCCCAAACUUCCUCAUCAUCGUCGCAGACGACAUGGGCUUCUCUGACGCCGGGUGCUUCGGGUCUGAGAUCCGUACCCCCAAUAUUGACAAGCUCGCACAGGAUGGAGUGCGCAUGACCGGCUUCCAUGCCGCGGCAGCAUGUUCGCCCACAAGAGCCAUGAUAUUGACCGGCACAGACCAUCAUAUCGCCGGCUUGGGCAACCUGAUCGAGUGGACGGAUCUGUCGACUCAGAAUUUCUCAAAGGCCAACAACUACACCACCGCGCCGCAGCGUGGCAUGCCAGGCUACGAAGGCUAUCUCAAUUCGAGGGUCGUGGCGUUGCCGGAGAUCAUGCAGGACGGAGGCUACCACACCCUUAUGGCUGGAAAGUGGCAUCUGGGCCUGACCAAGGAGCGGAGCCCCCAUGCGCGCGGAUUCGAUCGGAGCCUGGCACUACUACCGGCGUGUUCGAAUCACUAUGAUUGGAGGCCCGAAGCGGAGUUUCCCUCGUUCCUCGAAAAGAGCGUCAUCGCGCUGCACAUGGAAGACGACCACUAUGUGCAGAAUCUGCCGGACGGAUGGUACUCGAGUAACGGGUACGGCGAUCAGAUGCUGAAAUACCUGAAAGAAUGGAAAGGGGACAAGGAUCUGUCGCAGAAGCCGUUCUUCGCUUACUAUCCCUUCUCGGCUCCGCAUUGGCCGCUCCAAGCACCGAAGGAGUAUAUUGAUCAUUAUCGCGGAGUCUACAACGAUGGACCCGAAGCACUGCGACAGGCGCGGCUCCAGAAAUUGAUCGAACUGGGCAUGAUCCCCAAAGACGUUCGACCGCACCCUGUGGUGGCGGACGAAGUCCCAGGCUGGGACGAAAUGAGUGAUUUCCAGCGGGCGGCGUCUUGCAAGUCGAUGGAAGCAUACGCCGGGAUGGUGGAGUGUCUCGACUACAAUAUUGGCCGCGUGACCGAGUAUUUGGAGUCCAUCGGCGAGCUCGACGACACUUACGUCAUGUUUUUCUCAGACAACGGCGCCGAAGGUGCGGCAUAUGAGGCCUACCCCAUGGUCUCCGGCGCGUUGAUGGAGCAUUUGGGGAGAUACUACAACAACGAACUCAGCAACAUCGGGAACAAGGAUAGCUUUGUCUGGUAUGGUCCCCGCUGGGCUCAAGCGGCGACGGCGCCGAGUAGGCUUUACAAAGCAUUCACCACAGAAGGCGGCGUCCGGGUACCUUGCGUCCUCCGGUAUCCGCCCCUGCACCAAGCGCACGCGGGGAAGAUUCUUCCCACGUUCGCCACCGUUAUGGACAUCGCACCUACGGUGCUCAAUCUGGCUGGCAUCCGGCAUCCCUCGCCCGAAUGGAACGAUCGACAGGUCGUACCGAUGCGGGGCAAAGACCUUACACCGUGGCUGCGGGGGGACGAGCAAGAAGUCCACGACGCCAACGAAGCGUUCGGCUGGGAGCUGUGCGGACGGGCAGCGAUUCGCCGAGGGAAUUGGAAGGCGGAUUUCAUCCCAUACCCCAAGGGCACGUCUGCCUGGCAGCUGUAUGAACUCUCCACGGAUCCAGGCGAGACGGAAGAUCUUGCGAAGCAGCAUCCGGACAUCCUCGCCGAGCUGCUGGAGCUAUGGGAGACGUAUUGUGAGGAGACUGGGGUGGUGCCUCUGCAGCCUGAGCUCGGGGCACGGUUCCAUGAGGCAAUGGAGGAGCAAAUGAAAGAAGGCGAAUGGAUCGAGUACGAGUAUUGGAGACCCGGCGCCCUGGAGGAGAGGCGGAGGCAGGAGUUUGUGAGGGAGAUUGCCAAGGUGAGUGAUCCUCGCGUUGGUACAAAGGCCGAAGGUGGAUGA